AUGCUUUUCACUAAGAUCGCAUCUCUUCUUUUUCUGGCUACUAAACAGGCUGCUGCCCAUGGCUUGAUUACUCGCAUCAAUGGUGCGAACGGCGUUAUAAUGCCGGGGCUAACAGUCGUCGAUGGUAUUCCGCGUGACUGUCCCUCUGCUGCGUGUGGCGGACAGAAAGAUACCGCAGUGAUCCGAGAUCAGGAAAUGGGAAGUAUUAAGGCAUCGGCCUUGGGGCGCACUUUGAAUUCUGGCCCUGUGGAUCCCCAACGAGUAAUCACGGAUUUCAUGACACCUAAUGCCGAUUCGCGGACUCACAUACGCCAUUUCCCCAAAGCUCGCCAGCUAAUCAAUGAUGCGGCUAGUGUCAUCACUAAUGCCGGUGGGGCUGUUCUGAAUGGCGCUCAGGAUCUUGCAGACAAAACACCUUUUGGUGCUGCUGUCAAAGGUGCGCAAUCUGCGGUUGACGACGUGGCAGGGGCUUUACCAGGGACCAAAUCUGGUGCUAUUACACCCAGUGGUACCGUGGAAAAAGGGCUUGCAGAUUAUGCAGGCAUAGGCUCUGUCAAUGGCUUGCCUUCUGCUUCUGACGACGGAUACGUCACCAUGAUUUACCAUCAGGUAAACCAAGACGGCGCGGGCCCGUUAUCAGCAGAUAUUGAUGCAACGAGCGCGGGUACAGACCCCAAAGCAUUCAAACCAGCCAGGGUAAUCCAAGAUGUCCCAGGUGUCGCAGGAUUUUCAACCUCCAGCACAAUGGACUAUGAGGUCAAAGUCCAAUUACCCUCAGGGACGAAGUGCACAGGUGUUGUUGGCAACACCAAGAAUGUUUGCAUCGUACGUAUCAGAAACAAUGCCAUUUCAGGCCCUUUUGGGGGCUCGGCUGCGUUCACAAUCUGA